UCAAACACUACAUAAACCAGACUUUUCAUCUCUAGCUUUCUAACAAAACACCUUCCUUCCUCUCUGUUCUCUUCCACCACAUGGAGUGUCCAACAAUGACCAUGUCUGCUUUUUCUCUCUCUUGUUUUUGCGUCUUUCUUCUGUGCUAUGCCACUGUCCUGAACCCUGUUUCUGCUAUCCAAAGUUGUGAUUUUCCGGCAAUUUUUUACUUCGGCGACUCAAAUUCCGACACCGGUGGAUUGGCUGCAGCCUUCGGUGGAUUGGCUGCAGCCUUCGAUGGAGAAACCUUCUUUCGCAUGCCGGCAGGGAGACUCUCAGAUGGACGGCUCAUUAUCGAUUUCAUCGAGCCGUUUGCGGCAAAGCGAAGAGCGCGUUGAGAUCUACGAUUUGAUCGGAGCAAAAGUGGUUUUAGUGCAAUCUAGGGAUUUCGAAUUUAGGACCCAUUUUGAGGAUUUUUCUACAAAAUUGAGGUAGGGAUUUCUAAUUCACAUUUUCUUGGAUUUUAGUGAAUUACCUUUCAUUAAUCGUUGUAAAGCAUGCCUAAAUUAUGUGGAUUCUUGUAAAGAUGACUUAAUUGUUAUAUAUGUAAUAUGUGGUUAUGUGCUAAUUGUUAUUUAAGGAGAAUACAUGCUUAAAUGAUGUAUAUGAGAAAUGUGAUUUUGUGUUAGUUGAUGUUUUGUGUGUAAGCAUGUCUGUGUGGAAUAUAAUUUAUGCCUUGUAUGUUUAUUAUGUUAAAUUAAUGUUGAAUGAAAGCAUGAAUUACGCAUUUUGAAAUUUAUUAUGGAGAGCAUAUAUGAAAUUCAAUAGUUGAAUUGUGUUUAGAAGCAUGAAGCAUUCAUGCAUCCAUUGGGAAAGAAAG